UCUGUUCCGGCACGGCCUUCAUAGUACUUGUGUUAUAACAAUCAAAAACAAAAUUUUUAGAUUAAAUCAAUGAUCCAUGAGUUAGAUGGUAAAUGAUUUCAUUGUUUGAUCUUGUGUGCAUGAAGUUUGUUCUCUGGAGUAGGCAAUUUUAUACUGAUUUUAAAAAUAUGAACAUGUUUGCUGAAUGAUUUUUCUAUUCUUGUUAUUCAUGAAUACAGUAGUUUUUCACUAUCAUCUAGUGUUUGUCUGCCUAGGCUUCAUCUCCUUAUCUACAAAGAACUAUUUGGCUUAAACUUCUUCAAGUCUUUCACUUUCAUGGAUUCACUUUGUCAAGGUUCUAUCUUUUUCCCAAAAUCAGUCUUAAAGUUCUCAACUUUUUUAAUUUUUUCCAGCGUUUCUUGUACACAAACAUAUAUAAAAUUAGUCAUAGAUUCAUCUUUCUUCAUUGGUAUAGUUUUUACCCCCAAAAGCUUAUCUUUUAGAGCCCUGUUUGCAUGGAAUUCUCAGUCAGUAUAGUGCGUCUUCUCUCCAUGUUGUACUCCCACUUUGCUCAUUUAUAACUCGCCAGUGCUUUGGUAAGCAUUCCACUUUCCUAAUCCCAUUUAUAUUCAGUUGUCGUUGUUGUUGCUCUUGUUCUUAUUGUUGUUGUUGUUGUUCCACAUGGGGCGUUUGGAGGAGAAAUCAGCUAACUUUCAACUGGUUCUCUCUGAUUGAUCUUUCUUUUUCUAUGUUUUUAAUGGUGGUGGGGUUGAUGAAUGAUAGAAAGUCGGCACCUUUAUUUAUUUAUUUAUUUUGUUCGGUUGUUUGUUUGCAGUUGCUGAGCAUGGCUGGGCGUGGGAGUGGCCAGGGGAGGCCGCAGCCUGGAGCUGAGAGAGGUCCAACUCCACAGUCUCGUGGGAGCAUACCAAGGAGGCAGUUUCAUGGAAGUCGUAGAGGUAGUAGUGGACGUUUCUCGCCGGCUGGGCCAUCACAGCCGCCGGCCCCCGAGCUGCACCAAGCUAUGCCGAUGGCACCAUCACAAGGUAGUGCCUUUUCAAUUCCAUCUCAUGAGCAGCAGUUUCAGCAGCUCUCCAUUCAUGGAGAAGCUUCAUCAAGUCAUGGGAUCAGUAAGUCAAUGAGGUUUCCUCAACGACCUGGUAUUGGGAUUACUGGCUCUAAAUGUGUUGUUAAAGCAAACCAUUUUUUUGCUGAGCUCCCUAAUAAGGAUCUCCACCAAUAUGAUGUUUCCAUCACUCCUGAGGUUAAACGGCGGGAGGUGAAUCGGGCAGUCAUGAGACAGCUUGUGAACCUUUACAGGAUGUCUCAGUUGGGAGGGAGGCUUCCUGCUUAUGAUGGACAAAAGAGCCUUUUCACUGCCGGGCCACUGCCAUUUAGUUCUAAAAGUUUCGAUAUUGUUCUUAAUGAAGAGGAAGAUGGCGGCGGCGGCGGCGGUGGUGGUGGUGGUGGCGGGCAGAGAGCGUUCAAGGUGGUGAUCAAGUUUGCUGCCCGUGUCAAUCUUCACCAUUUAGAAUUGUUCCUUGCCGGGCGGCUGACAGAAACAGCCACACCCCAAGAUGCUAUUCGAGUUCUUGAUAUUGUUCUUCGUGAGUUGCCUAGCGCAAGGUAUUUGCCGGUUGGUCGAUAUUUUUAUUCACCUGAUCUGGGGAGACGGCAUUCUCUUGGUGAGGGCUUGGAAACCUUCCGUGGAUUUUACCAGAGUAUCCGUCCAACACAAAUGGGGUUAUCACUUAAUAUUGAUAUGUCAUCCUCUGCAUUCAUCGAGCCACUUCCAGUUAUUGAUUUUGUCACUCAGCUUUUAAAUAAGGAUGUCUCCGCGAGGCCAUUAUCUGAUGCCGAUCGAGUGAAGAUCAAGAAGGCUCUUAGAGGUGUGAAAAUUGAGGUUACACAUCGAGGCAAUAUGCGGAGAAAGUACCGUAUAGCUGGUUUAACAACGCAGGCUACAAGAGAGUUGACGUUUCCUGUUGAUGACAGAGGUACAAGAAAGUCGGUUGUACAAUAUUUUCAAGAAACUUACGGUUUCAAUAUUCAGCACACAACCUUACCUUGCUUACAAGUGGGCAACCAAAAGAGACAAAAUUAUUUGCCAAUGGAGGUGUGCAAGAUUAUUGAAGGCCAAAAAUACUACAAGAAAUUGAACGAAAAACAGAUUAGUGCUCUUCUCAAUGUGACUUGUCAACAUCCACAGGAUCGGGAGCGGGAUAUUAUACAGACAGUCCAUCACAAUGCAUACCAUAACGAUCAAUAUGCUAGGGAGUUUGGAAUCAGAAUUAGUCCAUCACUAGCUUUAGUUGAUGCGCGCAUUUUGCCUGCACCACGGCUUAAAUACCACGACACAGGAAGAGAAAGGGAUGUCUUACCCCGAGUCGGGCAGUGGAACAUGAUGAAUAAGAAAGUUAUCAAUGGUGGAAGAGUGAGCUACUGGGCAUGCAUCAACUUUUCACGAAAUGUUCGUAAUGGAGUCGCUCAUAGGUUCUGUCAGGAACUUGCGCAGAUGUGUCAGAUAUCUGGAAUGGAUUUUGCGCCAGACCCAAUUCUUCCUUUAUUAUCUUCUCAGCCUGAACAAGUAGAGAGAGCUCUGAAUGAGCGAUAUUCUGAUGCUAUGAAAAUGCUCAAACCUCAAGGCAAAGAACUCGAGCUGCUGAUCGCAAUCUUGCCUGAUAAUAAUGGGCCCCUUUAUGGUGAGCUGAAAAGGAUUUGUGAGACAGAUCUUGGAUUGAUCUCACAGUGCUGUUUGACGAAGCAUGUUUGUAAGACAGGAAAACAACAAUAUUUGGCCAAUGUUGCUCUCAAGAUUAAUGUGAAGGUUGGAGGCCGGAACACAGUUCUUGUAGAUGCACUGAUGAGACGAAUGCCUUUGGUCAGUGACUUGCCAACCAUUAUAUUUGGAGCUGAUGUUACUCAUCCUCAUCCAGGGGAGGAAUCCAGCCCCUCAAUUGCUGCUGUUGUUGCUUCUCAAGACUGGCCAGAGGUUACCAAAUAUGCUGUUUUGGUAGGUGCACAGUCCCAUGGCCAGGAACUGAUACAAGAUUUAUUCACAGAACAGAAAGAUCUCCGAGGGGGAACUAUCACCGGUGGCAUGAUUAAGGAGCUUCUUCUCUCGUUCUAUCAGGCAACUAAUCAGAAGCCUCUACGGAUUAUAUUUUACAGGGAUGGUGUCUCUGAGGGUCAGUUUUUCCAAGUACUCGUGCAUGAAGUUCAAGCAAUAAGAAAGGCAUGCGAAUCUUUGGAGCCUAAUUAUCAGCCUCUGAUAACUUUUGUUGUUGUUCAAAAACGGCAUCACACUCGUCUCUUUGCGAACAACCAUGCUGAUCAUCGCUCUAUUGAUCGAAGCGGAAAUAUACUGCCUGGGACUGUUGUCGACACAAAGAUCUGCCAUCCAACAGAGUUUGACUUCUACUUGUGCAGUCAUGCAGGAGUAAAAGGUACAAGCCGUCCAGCUCAUUAUCAUGUGCUACUUGAUGAGAAUGGUUUUACAGCUGAUCAACUCCAAUCUCUCACAAACAAUCUCUGUUACACUUAUGCGCGGUGCACACGAUCUGUAUCGAUCGUUCCACCCGCAUAUUAUGCUCAUUUGGCUGCAUUCCGAGCUCGUUUCUAUCUGUUGGCGGAUACAUCGGACAAUGGAUCAACGACAAACGGUGCUAGUGGCCGAGGAGCUCGUAGUCCCCGGGGACACGGGACUGCUGCUGCUCCUGCUUCUCCUGCUCCUGUUAAGCCCCUGCCAGCUCUGAAGGAAAAUGUGAAGAAAGUUAUGUUCUUUUGCUGAGUGUUCUUUAGACAUUCCAGCUUUUGUUACUGUUUGAUCUGCUGUUUAAAACUUCAAAUUGGAGCUACUCAAGCUCCAACUAGUAUUGAUCUAAUGCUUGUUUGUUAAAUGGUUUAAUGUUGAAUUUAACUAUGGAAUUAUAGUGCCCCAAUAUAAAUUUCAGGGCUCUUAAAACAUGAACAAUGUAAUUAAUAUAUUUAUUUGAUAUGAA